GACUCGGUACUGGGUAAAGCUAGGCACUGCGCGAAGCAAAGGCUGCAACAUUGAAACACCAAAAGGCGCCACCACUCAAAUUCCUUCCGAGUCUGACGUCUCCCAGAAGAUACGCUUAUUCCUCGUCCCUUCCGCGGUCCGCGCCCUCAGCUCCAAAUUCUUUCCACUUCCGGAUUUCGCAGCGACGUCAGAUCUGGAUCCACCUCCAGCGACGAGCCUAGCAUCGACGCGCCCGAACUAGCGGCGGCCGACUGCCUCCGCGGUGAUGGAGGCCAUCCCGGACACGUCGAAGGACCGGGGAUCCCCUGCUUCGGGCGCGAGGCUGGAAGCUCCCGUUACAGGAAAUACUGAAAAUACACAAACGGAUGCGCAAGGAGGUCUAUGUGGCACUGCUAUUAGCAAAUCAGAGAAUAACCACGAAGUCGCUAUUCUGAUUCAAGGACAUUCGGCACAGAAAGGAGGUUGUCGUCUGGAAGCACACUUGGGUGAUAGUUUAGUGCAGAAUACCUCCAAGCAGGACCUGAACUCAAAUGAGUCCAAGAAGAGGAUUUCCCAUCCUGGAAUUAAGGAGGUACAUGUUUCUACUGCUACAAGCUCUUCUCGUGCACCUGAGAAUUCAGUGGAAGAAAUUAAAGAUGCAAGAAGCAAACUUUUGAAGAAAUCCGAUAAUGCAGAUCCGCCAUGUGAAGACGUAAAGAAUGGAGGUUUGGAAGGGACCUCGGAAGAAUUUGAGGAAAGUGAAAACACAUCUAGCAGUUUAAAGGAUGAAAAUAAGAAUGUCAAAAAUACAGGUAAAGGAAAAAAUAAUGGUAUUUGCAACACAAGUGCUUCACAGGAUCUUUCUUUGCGAACUGGCACUGGCACCCCUUGCUUGAUGAUGAUGUUUGAUCAGGGUGAUACUGAAUCUCUUAAAUACAUGGGACUGAGGGAUAAGCAAGAUCAGAAUGAGGUAAUCCUGACUAAGUCACUCACAGUAGAUAAUGCGAAGACUAUAGAAGAUGAAAUUAUGCAUGUAGACAGUUCAAUUGAAAAGAAGUAUGAUGUAGUUCAGCCUAGUUCAUUGGAAAAGAAAGAAACUGAGAAUGUUCCAACACUCUUGGUUUCCUGCAUGCUUGACUCCAACAAAUUGGCAAGCAGUAUAAACCGAAGAAAAAGUGUUCGAGGUGGUGCCGAUGACAAUACCAACCGCGUAACAACCGAAGAAAAAGUUUGUCAGAGUGUAGUUGGUGAAGGUUUUAUCAGACCCUCUGUGGUCCUUUCCAGGCCUUACAGUUCAGAAGAUAACCAUAACUUGGGGUCUGCUAAGGAUAUGAGAGAUGCUAUUUUCCGUGCGUCAUAUAUUAGCCCUGUGAUAGAAAAUGUCUUACCUUCUGAAGAUCAGAAGAACCAGUUAUAUUCCUUAAAUGAAGGCGCUAACUGCUUUCAGGUAGGAAUGCCAGCCUCUAACGUGGGAACAGGUGUUCAUCACAGUAUAAACAUCCAUGAAUUAGGUGCCAUGAGGAAUUCAGAGUAUGAAGUUGGAAGAAGUUAUUACGAUCAUACCAGUACCGAGAGAAAUAAUCUGCAUGAGAAAGAAUUGGCUCGCUUAUCAGCAGACCAAAAUAUUAACAGCAUAAACCCUUUAAGUUUAGCUCAGGCAUAUAACGAAAAGCUUAGAAUUGCCUUUUCACCAAGACAUUCCUUGAUAGGGUAUCGGAAGAAAAAGCUUCUUAUUCUAGAUCUUAACGGUCUGCUUGCGGAUAUCAAUGAAGAUUACCACAAUGCUCACAUGGCUGAUGCAAAGGUUCGAAGGAAAUUAGUCUUCCGAAGACCUUACUGUGCUGAUUUUCUCAAUUUCUGCAUCCAAAAUUUCGAGCUAGGUAUAUGGUCCUCAAGAAAACGAAAAAAUGUUGAUUCUGUUGUUGACAUCCUUAUGAGGGAUCUCAAAACGUACCUACUGUUUUCCUGGGACAGGUCUAAAUGCACAUUUACUGGACGGAAAACACUGGAGAACAUGCACAAACCAAUAGUACUGAAGGAAUUAAGGAAAUUGUGGAACAAGGAAGAACCUGGUCUUCCAUGGGAUGAGGGAGACUUUUCACCUUCUAAUACGUUACUUGUGGAUGAUUCUCCUUACAAGGCUCUGCGCAAUCCGCCACAUACUGCCAUUUUCCCUCAUCCAUUCACCUAUCUUAACUGGAACGACAACUCAUUGGGUCCCGGUGGAGAUCUUCGCGUGUAUCUGCAGAACCUCAUCUUUGCAGAUGAUGUUGAAUGCUACGUUCGCAACCAUCCAUUUGGUCAACCUUGCAUUACACAGAGUGAUCCACAUUGGAACUUCUAUGCUGAAAUAGCUGGUGAAGGGUAUGGCUCAAUAACUUGUUGCGCCUGAUUUUCCCAAUAUCCCGGGAGGCAGAUCAGUACUUCUCACUCACCAUGGGCGCAUUACUGCUUGUGGACUUAUCUUGUGUUGAUUGUUCAGACAUGAGGGGAGUUCAUUGUAUGUUUGUUGUGUACCACUAAACUAAUUCUAUCGUGGGUUACAUAAAAAGUUGGUGUAUCGAGGAUCAGAGUUAGACACCAACACUUAUGAUUUCUAUGAACUUCUGGAAUGAAUAUGAGUGAAUUUUGUGCCAGUGAAUCAAAAUUCUGAAUUGUUUGUUGUACUA